GACAACUGCCCCCUUCUGCCUAACUCUGGCCAGGAAGACUUCGAUAAAGAUGGCAAAGGAGAUGCUUGUGAUGAGGAUGAUGACAAUGAUGGUGUUGAAGAUGACAAAGACAAUUGCCCUCUUCUGUUCAACCCUCGUCAGUUUGAUUAUGACAAGGAUGAAGUUGGUGACCGCUGUGAUAAUUGCCCCUAUGUGCACAACCCUGCUCAGAUUGACACAGAUAAUAAUGGGGAGGGUGACUCAUGUGCUGUGGAUAUUGACGGAGAUGACAUUUUUAAUGAGCGAGAUAAUUGUCCUUACGUCUAUAACACAGACCAGAGUGACACAGAUGGUGAUGGAGUUGGUGAUCAGUGUGAUAAUUGUCCAUUGAUGCAUAAUCCAGACCAGACUGAUGCAGAUAAUGACCUUGUUGGUGACCAGUGUGACAACAAUGAGGACAUAGAUGAAGAUGGCCACCAGAACAACCAGGAUAACUGCCCGUACAUCCCCAAUGCUAACCAGGCUGACCAUGAUAAAGAUGGUAAAGGGGAUGCCUGUGAUCCUGAUGAUGACAAUGAUGGUGUCCCAGAUGACAGGGACAAUUGUCGCCUCAGAUACAACCCUGAGCAGGAGGACUCUGAUGGUGAUGGCAGAGGUGAUAUUUGCAAAGAUGACUUUGACAAUGACAAUGUCCCAGAUAUUUAUGAUGUAUGCCCUGAAAACAAUGCCAUCAGUGAAACUGAUUUCAGAAAGUUCCAGAUGGUCCCCCUGGACCCCAAGGGAACAGCUCAGAUUGAUCCCAACUGGGUUAUUCGCCACCAAGGCAAGGAACUGGUGCAGACUGCCAACUCUGAUCCUGGAAUAGCUGUAGGCUACGAUGAGUUCAGCUCCGUGGACUUCAGUGGGACGUUCUAUGUUAACACAGACCGCGAUGAUGACUAUGCCGGCUUUGUGUUUGGCUACCAGUCCAGCAGUCGGUUUUAUGUUCUGAUGUGGAAGCAGGUGACUCAGACCUACUGGGAGGACAAACCCACCAGGGCUUAUGGCUAUUCUGGUGUGUCACUCAAAGUAGUGAAUUCAACAACUGGUGCUGGUGAACACUUGAGAAAUGCUCUCUGGCACACAGGAAACACCCCUGGACAGGUGCGUACUUUGUGGCACGAUCCCAAGAACAUUGGCUGGAAAGAUUAUACUGCUUACAGGUGGCAUUUGAUUCAUAGGCCUAAAACAGGAUUAAUAAAAGUUUUAGUGUAUGAAGGGAAACAAGUCAUGGUGGAUUCUGGACCAAUCUAUGAUACAACCUUUGCUGGUGGACGAUUAGGUCUUUUUGUCUUCUCUCAAGAGAUGGUCUAUUUCUCUGACCUCAAAUAUGAAUGCAGAGAUGCUUGAGCAAUGGUUGCUGCAUUACCAGCAAAAUACUGUAAAUGCUACGCAACCUGGACACCUCAGUUCAUCCUGGUACUCCCAGUUUCUAUUUUUGUGUACCUCCUCUCCUCUGUCCUCGUGCUCCACUCACAAGGUGCCUCCUUGCUGCCAGGAGUGCCUCAGCCAUCCCUCCACUCAAGUGCCUUCUCACAGCCAGGACUGAUGAAACCUAAACGUGAGCGUCCAACCCACCACUGAAGCAAAAGCAGAUUG